UCGAUGCUUUCCCAUCUCUAGGACAUUUUGACAAGAAAAAUUAUUUCAAUGCUCAAUCGAAAGCUGUGAAAUGUAGGACAAAAAGAUUUGGUGGCUAAAAAACGAAAACUAAUCAAUUGAAAUACAUUCAAUCAAAUUUAAAAGCUUCAACAAUGGCUUCUGAGGUCGGUUCAUACACGAAUAAAGUCCACUACAUCAAGAAGAAAAUCCUCGAACAGCUAACAAAGAAAAAAUAUGCACAGGUGUUCAUGCGGCCGAUGGACAAGCACCACGGGGAUUAUCAAAACGUAAUCAAGAAGCCCAUGGACCUGGGCACAAUCAUCACCGGGGUGCAGAGUCGAUUGUAUCGGAAUGCGGACGAAGUGAUAGCUGAUCUGAGGCUGGUCUACCAGAAUUGGUUUGUUUUGAAGAAGGGCAGUACGAUCCUGUGCCGACCCGCUAAUCAGUUGCAGAAGUUCGUGGAAAACAAGCUGGUGCAAAUGCCAGAUGGCAAAGAGUUUGAGAUCAAGAAGGAUUCCAGGAUGACGGCCAGGUCCAUCAAGGACUUUCCCCGGCUGCAGUUGAAUGGCACGCAGGAGAUGGAACACCUUUCAACUUUUAUUCCAAUCAAAACAGAGUCUGAUAGUGUGAGAGCAGAGCCUGCGACUGAAUUGGUGUAUGAGAUAUCAGAGCUCACGGAGGAUCAUAUGCCGGACAGAACAAAAACUGUGAUGGAUCCUGUCUGGGUGUCUGUCGUGCCGGAGCCUGUGGAUGUGCCAAUGCCUAUGACAACAGAGACUACGGAUCCCGUCUGUUUGUCUGUUAUACCAGAACCUAUAGACGCUCCAGUGCUUAUGAUACCAGAUCCAACCCCUAUGAUAACAGAGACUAAGUACGAUCCAAUGCCUAUGAUAACAGAGACUAAGUACGAUCCAAUGCCUAUGAUAACAGAGACUAUGGACGAUCCCAUGCCUUUGAUAACAGAGACUAUAGUCGAUCCCAAGCCUAUGAUAACAGAGACUAUGGACGAUCCCAUGUCUUUGGAUGAUCCGUUGCCUAUGAUAACAGAGACUAUGGAUGAUCCAAUGCCUAUGAUAACAGAGACUAUGGACGAUCCCAUGCCUUUGAUAACAGAGACUAUAGUCGAUCCCAUGCCUAUGAUAACAGAGACUAUGGACGAGCCCAUGCCUUUGAUAACAGAGACUAUGGACGAUCCCAUGCCUUUGAUAACAGAGACUAUGGACGAUCCCAUGCCUUUGAUAACAGAGACUAUAGUCGAUCCCAUGCCUUUGAUAACAGAGCCUCUGGAUCCUGUCUGGAUGUCUAUGAUACCAGAGCCUUUGGAUCCUGUCUGGAUGUCUAUGACACCAGAGCCUAUGACGCCUGUGCGGAUGUGGAUGUGUGUGCCCGCCGAGCCUUUGGAUGAUCGAAAGAAAGAAGAGGAUGUCAGCGAUGAGGAUGAUCCAUUGCGUAUAAUUACUAAAAUCCUGGGCAAAGCGCAGCUGGAGGACUACCUGAGGGCAGCGGAACAGCCCAUCGAUGAUGCUGAUCCUGAGGACUUUGAGAACAACUGCAAGAUGUGGGACAGGGGCGUGGAUGAUCUGACGUCGUGUGAGCUGCACAUCGUCAUGCAUAUAGUGGUGCAGCACAAUAUGCCAGCCACCGUUAGAAACGGCAAAGUGGAGUUCAGCAUAACGAAGUUCUCCCCCCAAGUCGUAUCCCUGAUCAAGGAGGGUCUGCAUCUGACGAGACGCAGCUACAAGGCGCUGGUGCCGCAAGUAAUGACCCCCGACGACCAGAAGAUAUUGACCGACAGCCUGCAAGCCCAGCUGGGAGAAAUCACUGCCAAAUUAUCCUCAAAUCGUACGGCGGUUAAAAGGAGCAGUACUACCACUAGCACUGCCUGCAAAAGUCUGGAGCUGGAGGAACCCUUCGGUCCAGCGGCAAUGGCGAAAAUGGCACGUCUAUCCGAUGAAGAGGAGAAGGUGGAGGUGCAGGAAAUAAUGAAAAAGCAGAGGAAAAAGAAGCGCCAUAAACAUCAUAAAAAAUCGAAGAAACAUCGACUAAACGAAAGGAAUCAAGCGCAACCCGAAUAAUAUGUCUACAAAGAUUUGACGUCAUAAGCGCCAUAAACAU